GUCGGCGUUUGAUGAAGCAUCUAUAAAUGCCGCCGAACUCGUUCAUCUCCAGUCUCCACACGGAAAUGCGUACCGCUCUGCCACGCGCUCGGUGAAAACGACAUGGUUGUUGAGAAGCUUCAAAACGACGACGUCGGUGGCGGUGGAGCUCACCGCUCGCAGCCUCUGAAGAAAGGAACGCAAUUUCGUGGCGUGAGGAAGCGACCUUGGGGUAGGUACGCAGCCGAGAUUCGCGAUCCAUGGAAGAAGACGAGGAAGUGGCUCGGAACGUUCGACACAGCAGAGGAGGCGGCGCUGGCUUACGACGAGGCGGCUAGGAGUCUUCGAGGUGCAAAGGCGAAGACGAACUUCGCUUACGGUGACGAUUCGUCUUCAGAGCGUCUGAUGGACGUGAGAGUCUCGUAUUGGACACCGCCGGAGUUCCUCCGACCUGAUGGCGACAGCAAGGCUUUGCGUUCGGCGUACAAGGGGUAUAAUUUGGAGGAAGUCGGUGCGGUAGUGAUGAAUGAGCAGGAGAAGAAAAAUCGCACUGAGAAGAAGCCUUUUAUGUUGGAUCUGAAUCUUCCGCCGCCCCUCUUUUGAUUGUGGCGAUUCCGAAGCCAUCUCCGAUAUUAGAUACUGUAAUAUCUAGGCGCUGAAAGUGUAGCGUGGUCAAGUCAAGGGAACGAAGAAUGACAGGACAAAUUGAAGUGUGAACAUGAAGGAAGGAAGGAAAUUGAAGUGUGAACAUCAAGGGUAAGGGUCUCACUUAAUAUCGAUGGUCUUUUCCUCCACCGCUUGUGCUAAUAAAUUUACAGAGCUAUUUGAAACAAUUACAAUCAAAGAUAGGUGUAUGAAUUAGUAUCAACCUAACAAAGAAAAAUUUAACAGAGCUGUAGAAUGUAGCAUCUGGGCUUAAAAAAUUGAAUGGGCUCCGAGCCCAUAACUUAAAAGCGGCCAACUCAUAGACUAUAGAGCAGGAGUCCAAACAUCAAGGCCCUGC